AUGGCGACCACUUCGAUGGAUUAUGAGAACGCCAACGGCGAUCGUUACGAGGACGACGGUCAUCGCUAUGACCGCGACCGCAGCGCUUCCCCGCGCCGCGAUGACAGCCGCGAUGAGCGUCGCCGCUCUGUGUCGCCCAACGGCAAUGACCGUGCUCCUACUAAGAGCGAGAACGCUCCCAAAGAAGAGGAUAACAGCGCGGUCAAUCCUGGUUCCAACCUUUUCGUGACUGGCAUUCACCCUCGUCUCGAGGAGUCGGAGAUCACUCGCCUGUUCGAGAAAUAUGGCGAGGUCGAGAAGUGCCAGAUCAUGCGGGACCCUCACACCGGCGAGUCGCGUGGCUUCGGCUUCGUCAAGAUGAUGACCUCGGAGCAGGCUGAGGCCGCCAUGGAGGGCCUCAAGGGCGAAAUCAUCGAGGGCCGCACUUUGAACAUCGAGAAGGCUCGUCGCUCUCGUCCUCGUACCCCGACUCCUGGCAAAUACUUCGGCCCCCCAAAGCGUGACCCUCGUCGCUAUGACGAUCGUCGCCGUGGCGGCUAUGGUGGUUACGGUCGUGAUGACUCCUACCGCGGCGGCCGUGGUUAUGGCCGUGAUGAUCGUGGCUAUGACCGUGGUUAUGAUCGCGGCUACGACCGUGGCUACGACCGCAGCUACGGCCGCGACUACCGUGAUGAUCGUGGUUAUGAUCGCCGUGACUAUCGCGAUGAUCGCUACGACCGUAUCGAUCGUUACCGCGAUGAUCGCGAUCGCUAUGGCCGUGACGAUCGCGACCGCUACGGUGGCCGUGGUGGCCCCGAUGACCGCCGUGGUCCCAGCUAUGACCGCGACCGUUACGAGCGCCCCAUGGACCGCGACCGCGACUCUCGUCCUCGUGAUGCUCCUCCCAGCGGUACUGGCUAUGACUCGGCUCCCCGUGGCGACGUCCGCGACCGUGAGCCUUAUGGUAGGACUCGCUCGCCUUCCCACUCCCGCUAUUCCCCUCGCUCCCGUUAUUCUCCCCGUUACUCGCCUCCUCCCCGCUCCCGCUACUACUGA